AUGAAAGGGUUCAAGAGAAUUUAUGAAGAAGCAGGUGGCUCGAAUUUCAAGUCAAUUGAGGAAACAUUUGCCAAUGCAGGUCAAGAACUAAGACAAACAGUAUCUGAUUUGAUAACAAGUAUUGUUGAUACUGCUGUUGCUUCAUUUAAUACAUCAAAAGUGAAAGAAAUUACUCUUGCAGCAGAUGCAAAGUUACCAAAGAGAAAGAAGAGAGAACAAAUUUCAUUGGAAAUCAAUGAUCAACCAAAGAGCAUUCCGAAUGAAAAAUCAGGCAGAAAGAAAGAAAGAGUUGUUUCAGGAGUGGUCGAAUAUGAAGAAAAAUCACAAGAAAGCACACCUGUUGAGGUUGUCAGCGAAACUCAAACUACUGAAGAAGGAUUGAACAAGUUCAAAGAUGAAAUUAACUCUCACCGUAAUGAUAUAAAAGCUAUUGACCAAAAAGUCAAAGAACAAAAGAUGACACGAAUGAUAAAUAUGGAAUCAAUUCCACCAGCACCUGCUAAUAUACAAACUGCAAAUCAGUAUUUUGUUCAAUCAAACCAGCAGCAACAAGGAAUGCAAGGAAUACAAAUGCCUCCUCAGCAACAACAACAAGGAAUGCAAAUGAUUCCUCAGCAACAACAACAAGGAAUGCAAAUGCCUCCUCAGCAGCAACAACAAGGAAUGCAAAUGCCUCCUCCUCAGCAGCAACAACAAGGAAUGCAAAUGAUUCCUCAGCAACAACAACAAGGAAUUCAAAUGAUUCCUCAGCAACAGCAACAAGGAAUGCAAAUGCCACCUCAGCAGCAACAACAAGGAAUGCAAAUGCCACCUCAGCAGCAACAACAAGGAAUGCAAAUGCCUCCUCAGCAGCAACAACAAGGAAUGCAAAUGCCUCCUCAGCAGCAACAACAAGGAAUGCAAAUGCCUCCUCAGCAGCAACAACAAGGAAUGCAAAUGCCUCCUCAGCAGCAACAACAAGGAAUGCAAAUGCCUCCUCCUCAGCAGCAACAACAAGGAAUUCAAAUGCCUCCUCAGCAACAACAACAAGGAAUUCAAAUGCCUCCUCCUCAGCAGCAACAACAAGGAAUUCAAAUGCCUCCUCAGCAACAACAACAAGGAAUGCAAAUGCCUCCUCAGCAACAACAACAAGGAAUGCAAAUGCCUCCUCAGCAGCAACAACAAGGAAUGCAAAUGCCUCCUCCUCAGCAGCAACAACAAGGAAUUCAAAUGCCUCCUCAGCAACAACAACAAGGAAUGCAAAUGCCUCCUCAGCAGCAACAAUAA